AUGCCGAGUUGUUCCAAAUUCUGGCCUGACAGACGCCUUGACAGGUCGUCGUUUGGUCUGAAACCGGUCGACCCGAGUGUCGGUUGUCCGGCCGACUGUUUAGUUGAGCAGGCGGCCAAAUCAAUCAGGAGCUCACACAGUCUCUUCACACCGAGAUUGGACCGGCCCGUCCCGUCCGUCUCGAUAACCUCUCGCAAACACGUAAACAAGCCAAUACUGGAGUUCUUCGUCUUGUGUAUGCGUGUAGACAGAUUGACACACAGGCGUUUCGAUAGACGUUCUUUCAUUUUGUUCUGUCUCACUCUCUCGACCAUCAAUCUAUCUUUCCCUCUUCUCAACACGCCCACUUUUGUGUCCGUCUCUCGGUCUGGCCGUGUAUGCUCUACCCCCGCGGCGCUUGGUCUCUGCGGGCCUGCCAGUCUCUCAGAUUUAGCCUCGGCCGCCUUGUCUCCGGUCGGAUACUCGCUCUUUCCUCUUGAUUUACCCUUCGACGGCGUUCUCACCUGCCCGCCUUCAGCGCCCUCGUGCCCGGCCAACCUGCGCCUGAAUCGAGUCUGCUUUGCUGGCUGCACCGCUUGUGCUGAUACCAACCGGCCUCAACUCCGCCUCAAACCGGUUUCAAUUCGGCCUCAAACCAGCAUCAAAUCUGCAUCAAACCGGUCUUAA